GGUCGUCAUAGUUUUGCCUGAGUUUCUCGGAAAACGACUGUACUGUAUGCAGUUAAAGUCUAAUUUUCUUUUAAGCCUUUCUUGUUUAAUUUCAUUUGUUUUUAUUUUCGACAUUAAGCCAUUGGAAUAGUGAUUAUAUUUGGAUAUUUAAGCAAUUGUCAUUGCUAGAAUAUGUCAGAGCAGUUGAGAGGUUGUGUGUCGGUAUACUUUUUGGAUUUUUUGUCGUUUCUAAAUUAAAGUUAAAAACAGUUCUACUAACUAUUAAAAAUUAUGAGAUAAAUUGUGUGCUUAUUUUCUAUAUGUGAAUCAAAUUCAUAUUUAUAAAUAAGGAUAAAUUUUAAUUAAAGUUACAAUAAUUAAUUGUACUUAGAAGCCCAAAACAGUUAUCGUACAAUAAUGAAUAACGAAGGAAACAAGGAUAUGGCUCAUCGUCAGCACGUAAAAUAUUUCAUGAGAUUUUUGAAUAUUUUGCCUUCGUCUCUAUCAUCACACGAUACUACAAGAGUUACAAUAGCAUAUUUCUCUGUUGCCGGCCUGGAUGUCUUAGGAUCCAUAUCAGCAAUAUCUCUUGAUCUGAGAUCCAGGAUUAUUGAAUGGUUGUAUAGGCUUCAAGUACAUCCUGAUAAGGAAACGGGCGACAUGUCACUAUGCGGCUUCCAAGGCUCCUCAACGAUAAACAUAAGACUGGAUCCGGAUAACAAUCAAUUUCGAUGCGGCCAUCUAGCGAUGACGUACACUGGUCUGUGUAUACUGCUGGCGUUGGGCGAUGACCUGUCGAGAAUCAACAGAACAGCCUUAAUUCAAGGCGUGAAAGCGUUGCAGACGGACGAAGGGAACUUCUCGGCAACCCUGUCGGGCUGCGAGUCGGACAUGCGGUUCGUGUAUUGCGCUGCGUGUAUCAGUUACAUAUUGAACGAUUGGUCCGGCUUCGAUAUAGAGAAGGCCACAGAUUACGUCAUUAAAUCUAUAGGCUACGACUAUGGCAUCGCUCAAUGUCCCGAGCUAGAAUCCCACGGUGGUACGACGUUUUGUGCACUGGCAACACUAGCGCUAACCGACCAAUUGGACAAGCUAUCCGAAGCGCAGAUCGACGGUCUGAAGCGUUGGUUGGUUUACAGGCAAAUCGACGGUUUUCAGGGGAGACCGAAUAAGCCGGUCGACACGUGCUACAGUUUCUGGGUGGGCGCCUCGUUGAAGAUACUGAACGCUUUACAGCUGACGAACUACGGCAGCAAUAGGAGGUACGUGUACGAGACGCAGGAUAUGGUCGUGGGGGGUUUCUCGAAAUGGCCGGACACGUGCACGGACCCCAUGCACACGUAUUUGGGCCUGUCCGGUUUGAGUUUGAUAGGCGAGAACGGUCUUUUAGAGAUAGAGCCAAGAUUGAACAUAACGAAACGGGCCUAUGACCAUUUGAAGUGUCUGCACGAACAGUGGGUGUCGUAGCUCGCGUUAUCAAAUCGCAAACAAACUGUAUUGAAUCUAGGGAUUUGUUCUCUGAUGAAACUUUUUUUUGUUACCAGUUGUCAUUUUAUUAGUCACAUAUUAUUAGCAUGAAUGAUAAGUUAGGUUUAUAUUCGUGUAAAUAUCAAUAUAAUUCAUCAAAAUUCCAAUAGACAAUUUGACUUCAGUAACAAAGCAAUUAAAUAAGUUGCUAUAAGAGUUGUAAAUUAAUCGAUCAUUUAAUCUGUUGGUAAAAUUUAUCAUUGAAUCUUUUCGUAUAUUAAAUCAAUAAAUUAAUUCUAAUUCCUAAAUUACGUCAUAGAUUGCUGAUCGUUUUGUGUUAAUCUAUGGUUCGCGUGGACAUUUAGCCACGAAUGACGUCACACACAGCAUGCGUUCAGAAGAGUUUUUUAAUGUCAAAUCCCUAAUGUGGCCUAUUUGUAUGGGAAGAACAUUCAUAAGGGUCACUAUUUAGAAAUUACAAACUCAUUUGAUAUAUUCGCCUAAAGAGACUUGUACAUUGAUUAUGUGUACAAUCUUUGUAACGGUUGUCAAUUGAAAUUCAUACAUCUGAUGAAUUUUUGACGUCAUCAUUGAAUGUUAAACAAAUUUUUUGAAGUUAUCUUAAUCAUUGUAAAAUCAAUAAUAUAAUUGUGUAUGUACUCUAGGAAGUGUCUAAUUGUUUAUGUUAGUUUGAAAUACUCGAAUUUCUUUGUGGGAGAUUUAUCACCAGUUUGUGUUUAAAUGUCUAGAUAGUGUCAAUAUAAAAAUCCACGUUAUUAGGUUUAAGUUCCUUAAUAAAUUAUCCAAUCCAAAUUAAUUUAAAACUAUUUAUUAAAUUAUUUUAGUUUUAAUGUAACGCAUUUGUGUAGUAAAAUUACUAUAAAACUUUAUCAGACGUUAGAAAUGAGCUGGUGUCCUGAAGUUCUACCACCAUCGCCGUCACUAUGCUAUGAAUGAAAUGAAGUGGAAUGCGUUUAUUUCAGGCAACUUAAGCCCAUAAAAUUUCACAUACAAUAACAUAAUAUUUAAAUCAAAAUAUCGUA